UUUAUCUGUAACUUCAAAUUGCGUCAUAAAGAGUACAAACAACAACUGUCACCGUCACCACUCUCCUCCGCAUCGUCUUCACCACUCCGGUCAUCAGUCUCUCAUCCCUCACUCUCCCGCGCGACACACUCUCUUGUCCCUCAACCUCACACUCUUGCACGGCGUAGUCACCGCUACGUCAGGCGCCAUCCCCUGAUUCAAUUGUUCUGCAUCGGAUCCCUUUUCCGGAAUGGGAAUUAGUAAAACAGAAGUAAACUUGAAGAGAUUGCUUGCAGCUGCUCCUCAGCAGCAAAACCAGGCAAAACUUGUACAUUAUGUUGCUACUUUGCGUGAACAACUAGAACAAUUGGGUGAAGAGAAGACACCAGAAGGCUUGCCAAGGCUCUCAAAGGCUACAUUAAACGAUUAUUCAGAGAAGAUUGAAGCAAUUGCUUCAAAAUUGGUUCAUGUGUCUGACAUAGAAGUAUCCGAGAAGGACAUUACAGGAAAUGUUAAAGAAAACCCUUCUGAAAUUGAGGAAAACAAACCGGUGUCACCUUCUGGAUUGCGAAGAAGGCCUGUAGCUGCCUUAAGUACGGAAGAUAGAGUACACGAGCCUGCUGAGACCGAUCACUUAUCAUCUGUUAAGUUGGAUGCUGCAGGACAUGCACAUAUUGAAAAGCACAGAAAGCUUCAAGAUGAUUUGACAGAUGAGAUGGUGGUGUUGGCAAAACAGCUCAAAGAGAGUAGUCUCAUGAUGAGCCAAUCUGUUAAAAACACCGAAAAGAUACUUGAUUCUACUGAGCAAGCCAUUGAACAUAGCUUGGCAAGCACAGGUCGUGUCAAUGUGAGAGCAAAUACAAUAUACUCCGAGAGUUCCAAGACUUCUUGCUUAACAUGGCUUGUGAUGUUUGUGAUGCUAUUUGUCUUUGUCAUGGUUAUUCUUCUAAUCCGUGUUACUUAGCGUGUGUAGUUAGUUAACAUUUCAUGGGGUAAAUUAAAUUGCUUUAAGUAUAGCUUUUUCCAUAAUGUAAAUUAGAUAUUUAUUAAUUAUAGAGGUUAUAUCAUGCAAUUUAUGUUUGAUUGUUUUUUGAA